GGAGACUCCUCACCCUCUCUGGGCAGUCUGUUCCACUGCUCAUUCACCCACACAGUAAAGUGAUGCUUCCUCGUAUUCAGGUGGAACUUCUGUGCAUCUGUUUCUGCCCAUUGCCUCUUGUCCUACUGAAUAGAGGCUAAAGAAGCGCACUUGCUGCCUUCAAGUUUGUAGUUUGGCUGAUACUAGAAAAUAGAGGCAGCAGUAGCUGGAGGCAAAGGUUUUCUUGCUCAUUAGGCUGAUGGGCCCCAAACAAAUAAUGGUUUUUCACCAGAAUUCUGCUGUACAUCACUAAAUGACCUGAUUUUACUUGAGGAGGACUUAUGUUGCUGUCUAUAGGAGGCUUGUAGGAGACUUAAAUUGCUGUUUUGGAGCAGAACAAAGUAUUUUUCCUAACGUUUAGUAUAGUUUGAGUAUCAUUCUGUGCCACGUUGCUUCUUACCUUUGCAGUGGUACUUUCCUUGUCAUUGCUGUUACUGAUGAAACAGAAGUGUGUUAGCACAGACAGUACUCGACCUGCCCAAACAGCCCUUGCGAAAGAUGGGUUCUUCCUGUGACUACUGUACCUGGUGAUUGUCAGAAAGUACCACAGUAAGCAUUUCCCCCGGACUGCUGGAUACAAUACAGGAUUCAUCUACAGUCAGACUUCAUGGAAUUGGAACUGAAUUUAUUCAUCCACUUCUCCAAGCCUUUUGAAAAGUGACUAAAUGCAACUGAGUCAGAUUGUCUGUGGGUAUGAAGUGGCUGGGAGAAUCCAAGAACAUGGUAGUGAAUGGCCGGAGAAGUGGAAGCAAGUCAUCUAAUGAUCACGCGCAGACCAAAUUGCAGCAUGCAGGAAAGGAGAAUCCAAAGACGGGCAAAAAUGGAGUUGAGAGAAGAUCAAGCAGAUGUAGCGGUGCUUCAGGAUUUGAGGGUCAAAGUCGUUAUGUGCCUUCCUCUGGAAUGUCUGCCAAGGAACUCUGUGAAAAUGAUGACCUAGCAACUAGUUUGGUUCUUGAUCCCUAUUUAGGUUUUCAGACACACAAAAUGAAUACUAGAUUUCGACCUAUUAAAGGAAGGCAAGAAGAACUCAAAGAAGUGAUUGAACGUUUUAAGAAAGAUGAGCACUUAGAAAAAGCCUUCAAGUCCUUGACGUCAGGUGACUGGGCCCGGCACUAUUUUCUUAACAAGAACAAAAUGCAGGAAAGGUUGUUCAAGGAACAUGUAUUUAUUUAUUUACGAAUGUUUGCAACUGACAGUGGGUUUGAGAUACUGCCUUGCAAUCGGUAUUCUUCUGAGCAAAAUGGAGCCAAAAUCGUUGCAACAAAAGAAUGGAAACGAAAUGAUAAAAUAGAAUUACUUGUGGGCUGUAUUGCUGAACUAUCAGAAAUGGAAGAAAACAUGCUGCUGAGACAUGGGGAAAAUGACUUCAGUGUCAUGUAUUCUACACGAAAAAACUGUGCACAGCUGUGGCUUGGUCCUGCUGCAUUUAUCAAUCAUGAUUGCAGACCUAACUGUAAGUUUGUAUCAACGGGCAGAGAUACAGCAUGUGUGAAAGCUCUAAGAGAUAUUGAACCUGGAGAAGAAAUCUCUUGUUACUAUGGAGAUGGGUUUUUUGGAGAAAAUAAUGAAUAUUGCGAAUGUUAUACCUGUGAAAGACGUGGAACUGGUGCUUUUAAAUCAAGAGUGGGAUUGCCAGCACCUACUCCUGUGAUUAACAGUAAAUAUGGACUGAGAGAAACAGACAAACGAUUGAACAGACUUAAAAAGUUGGGUGACAGCAGCAAGAAUUCAGACAGCCAGUCUGUCAGCUCUAACACUGAUGCAGAUACCACUCAGGAAAAAGGUAAUGCAACUAGCAGAAAAUCUUCAAUUGGCGUAAAAAAGAACAGCAAAAAUAGAACGUUAACCAGACAGUCUAUAUCAAGAAUUCCAGCAUCAUCAAAUUCUACCUCAUCUAAACUAACUCAUAUAAAUAAUUCCAGGGUACCAAAGAGACUGAAAAAGCCUGCAAAGCCUUUACUUUCAAAGAUAAAGUUGAGAAAUCAGUGCAAAAGGCCAGAGCAAAAGAAUGCUUCUCGAAAGCUUGAAAUGGGAAAUUUAGUUCUCAAAGAGCCUAAAGUAGUUUUGUAUAAAAACUUGCCCAUUAAAAAGGAUAAAGAAUUGGAGGGACCAGUCAAAGUUGCAGUCUCUAGCGGAUGCUUAACGAGGCAUGCAGCAAGAGAACAUAAACUGAAUUCUGUGAAAGGUGCUUAUGAGCAUGGUGAUAUUGCACCCUGCACAUAUAUCACAAGGAGGUCGAUGAGAACAAGGAUGAGUUUGAAGGAGACCUCUGACACAAAGCUUGAACCAAAUACGUUGGAUAGCUAUAAGAGUAACUUGACUGGAACACAAUCAGACAUUGCAGAGCAGCAGUCUCGUGCAUUAAACGACAACGAUGUGGCUCAUGGACCAUCACAUAAAGGGGAGGGUCGGUGCCAGAAAAGUGAUGCAGGCACGUCAAAAAAGAAAUCUCGACAAGGGAAGCUUAUGAAACCAUCUUCAAAAACAGAGGAAACUGAUACUAUGCACAACACACCUGUGAAGGAUGAAGUACCGGAUUUGAUUAGUUCUCAUUCGGAACUCGAAGAAAGGAAUAACAUGGUGGACACACCUGUUGGCUUUAAAGACUGUAUCCCUGGAUCUGGUGGCUGCUCUGUAACAACUGACAAUUUUAAAGCAAAAGACAGCUUUAGAACUGCAAAAAGUAAAAAGAAAAGACGAAUUACGAGGUAUGAUGCACAACUUAUCCUUGAAAAUAGCUCUGGGAUCCCUAAACUGACUCUUCGUAGGCGCCAUGAUAGCAGUAGCAAGGCAAAUGAUCAAGAGAGUGAUGGCAUGAAUUCUUCAAAAAUAAGCAUAAAAUUAAGUAAAGACCAUGAAAAAGAUAAUAAUUUAUAUGUAGCAAAGCUAAAUAAUGGGUUUAACUCAGGAUCAGGCAAUAGUUCAACAAAAUUAAAAAUACAGCUAAAACGAGAGGAUGAAAACAGAGGGACGUACCCAGAGGACCUUCAUGAAAAUGGUGUGUGUUGUAGUGAAACUCUCUCCCUUUUGGAGUCGAGAAUGGAAGUAGAUGAUUAUGGUCACUAUGAAGAGGAAACAGCAGAUGAAUCUUCAUCAGAAGAGGACGAUGAAGAGGAAGAUGACUAUGAUGAUGAAUUUGAUGACUUUAUUCCUCUUCCUCCAGCGAAGAGAUUAAGGCUUAUUGUUGGCAAGGAUUCAAUAGAUAUUGAUAUUUCUUCCAGGAGGAGAGAAGAUCAGUCUUUAAGGCUCAAUGCAUAAGCUUAUAGGUCUAAACUGACCUGGAUGUCAUUUCUAAAAAAAAAAUAAAAAUAAUUUAAAAAAUAAUAAUAAUAAAAAACCCAACAAAAAUUCCAUUUGAUUAUUCCUCAACUAAAGAACUUUCUGAAAAACUUAGUGGCAGCACUUCUUUAUUCACCUAUCAACGUAAUAUUGUAGAAAGUGUACAGCAUACUGACUCUUCUUAAGUCUGAUUUGUGCAGAUUUUUAUUGUACUUUUUAAUAGCCUUCUUAUGUGCAAUUCCGAGUUAGAGGUAAUGCUCUGUUGUAAAAUAAAGGCUCAAGCAAAGUUACGAAAUUGCAUCAGAUCUUUCCAUGCAGGACAAUGAGAAUACAGUGUGGCUACAGAAUUAUUUUUGAUCAGUAGGAGCGUUAGUUUGCUCUUACAAUAUUUGACUAAACAAUUUACAAAAUCAUAGUAGCAGCAUAUUAAGGUUUUCUAGUAUAUGUUAAUAUCACCAGCAAUGAUCUACAGCUUUCUGAUUUAUUUGCUAGAUGGUUUUUUCCCCUUGGAGUUUGUCAGUUUUAACACUGUAUGCUGUCCCAGACGUACUGUUUGUGGCCUUUGUUAUAGUAGCAAACCGUUGGUUGGAAGUCAAAUUGAUUUCUUUAAAAAAAGAGAAAAAAAAUAUUAAAAGAUGUUGACAAUUUGCUGACUUUUUAGUACAUUAUAUGUACAAGGGUAGCAGUAUGCAGAAUAAAGUUUGGAUAUGGUGUAUUUAUUGCUUGUUACGUAAAUUAAACACCUUGUAUUUAACACUUUUCAAUACUUUUAGAUAAAAUUGUUCUUUGCAAGAAUGAUUGGUGCUUAUUUUUUCAAGAAUUUGCUGUGAAAUAAUGUGAUUACGACGGGCAACAUUUAUCCAAUGAACUGCAGCUAUCCUAAAUUGGUUCUUCAUAUUUUUCUGUUGCACUUGUAAAAUGCUACAAGGAAUUUAAAGAAAAAUCUAUUCACUUUAACUUAUGAUAGUUUUAUCAAAUUAAAAACAACUAAGUCACAGCUUUUGUUCUGUGGUAACCUAUGAUUUGUUUGUCUUUUAAGAACCAGUUGUAAAAGACUGAAAAAAUAUGUAUAUGUUGUAAAUAUUUGUGUGUUGUGAGAAACUUUGUCAUAAGAAAUUGAGAUAACUUGCCAGAAGGGUUUUUAAGUUUAGAAAUACAUCCAUGCCAAUAAAAUAGGAAACUGUAAACCUAGUUUUAAACUCUGCAUCAGUUGGGAGUCCUUUGCUCAUACAUAGUUCACUUAAUACUUCAGAGUCUGCUUUAUAACAAUGAAGAGCAUCAGGGCAAUCU